CAUACUUGUUCUAUGUCUGUAACUUAACCUAGUAUUUGAAUAUUUGUGGUGGAUGAUUUAAAUUUGUGAUUAUUAUUAUUAAUUUAAUUUUGUAGCGUAAAGUAUUUCAAUUCAAAAUGAAGAAAGAAAAAUCGUUAUCGGAAAACAUUGCCAAACUUUUCAAUUCUGUACCCCAAAACUUUGAUGAAGAUGAUGAUAUAGAUGGUACAAGUGCUAAAGUUUUCACUCCAGAUAGUGAAGACAGCGAUCAUGGAGAAAUCAACGAAAGGAGCAAAAUAAGAGCUUCUAAUAUUGAUCUUUUAGAAGACGUAGAUGAGAAGUAUGCAGGAAAACUUACUAGUCGAAAGAGAUAUAGAGAUUCUGAUGAUGAAGGUGAUAGCGAAGAAGGGUCCGAUGACAAUGGAGUUUUUGACGAAAAUAUUAUUUGUGCAGAAGAAGAAGAAACUGAUGAAAAUGAUUGUAAUGAAGAAAAUGAAAUUGAAGAAGGAAGUGAUGUUUCAUACGGUUCAGAUGUUGAAACUAAUGAUGAUGAAAACUUCAAAAACUUCUCAGAGUCAACUACAGUAGGUAAAGGAAAUAAGGGAAUCAGUGUUAGAAAACAGUUAAAUAUUUGGGAGAGUUUAUUAGAAAUGCGAAUCAAAUCAAAAAAAGCUUUAUCUGCUAGUAACAAAAUGCCUAUUGGUGGGAAAUUGAAGGAAAUUUUCAAAAGUGCAGAUGAGGAAUCCAAAAAUAAACUAUCUCAAACCAAUAGAAACCUAACUAAUCUUCUGAAAAAAAUGUUGUUACUUGAAACAUUAAUGUUGAAAAAAUAUCCUGAAACAAGCAAGUUGUCAUUGAAGAAACAAGAAAAUAAUCAGCAAGACAACGAAGAAAUUUCAAGUGAAGAGGAAUUAGAUGAUGAACAAGAAAUAAAACGUUCAAAAAUUAAAAAUUAUGGAGAAGAGUUAUCAGAGCGACACGAAGUAUAUAGAAUAUAUAGAAAUAAAACAAUAGAGAAGUGGUAUGAUAAAACUAAAUUCAAACACACCCAAUCAAAUUCUUAUACAAUAGUGGAUCAAAUAAAUAAUAUUUUAAUGGAUAAAUCCAAGUUGUUAAAAAAAACUCAAUUGAAGAGAUCUAGUUGUCAAAUAAUUGGAGAAGCAGAAGGAAAAGAUGAAGCAGAUUACAAUGUUAAUAUUUAUGAUGAUGAAGACUUUUAUCACCAACAACUUAGAGAAUUAGUUGAAUUCAAGUCUUCAGACAUAAUUGACCCAAUACAGUUGAGUCGUCAAUGGGUCCAGUUACAAAACAUGAGGAGUAAUAUGAAAAGAAAAAUUGAUACUCGAGCCACCAAAGGUAGAAAAGUACGAUUUGGUAUACAUUCUAAAUUAGUUAAUCAUGUUGGAUGUAGAGAUUUCGAAAAUUCUAAAACUGAUGAUGCUAUAAAUGAGUUGGAAAGUUCAAUGUUUCAGAAAAAAAUAAAAUGAAGAUCCUAUUUUAUUCAUCUUAACCCUUACACUCCCGAAUAAUUUUCAGCGAAGAUUUCAUAUUUCCACACAUUUUUUUCUAUCACAUAUGUGGACGAAAUAUUAGGUCUAAUUCAAAAAACAAAAUAAUUAUGUCAUUUUGACAGGUUUUGAUUAUACUCACGAUUGUGAUGUUCAGGAGUCUAUUAGGUACAUGCACAGUUGUGACGGUGUCACAAUUGUGAGCACCAGGAGUGUUCGUAUACUAAGAAUUAACGAAGGAAAAAAUGGAUUAUUAUUUUUCAUUGAAAAACAAAGCAAAAUAAUGUAACAACAAUAGGAAAUAUUAUUUUUUUGUAUUGAAAAUUUGAAAACAAUUCCGCAAUCAUCCACAAUAUUGGGGAUUUACUCCCAAGAGGUAAAACCUAUCCAUUGCAUUGUAUCUGCAAUUGCUGAAAAUUUUAACUUAUUGCUCCAACACAUAUGAAUCUUCGGAAAUUUAUUACAGCCCAUAAUGAUGCAUGCAAUGGAAUGCAUUCCAAAAAAUUUCGUAGUUCUUCGGCAGUUAAAUUUAGUUUGAGUUCUUUUCCAUUUUUUUGUAGAUAAUAUAGUGACGUAUGAUUAGCGCAAAGAGUCUUCCAAAAACGUCCUGAAACAACUCCAUACAGAUAUAACUUCAGAUGGAUUAUUCCUCUGCAGAAUAACUUGAACUUCUAAACUUAGACUUCUUCCACGAAAACGUUGCAAUACUUCUGGAAGAAGAUGUGCGCAAUUCGGGUUGUACUUCGCUUUCUUCGAUCACUCUUAAGAAAGAGUUAAUUGGGAACCAUGUUUGGACACGAAUAAAUUCUCAUCUUUAUCUGAGGAGGAUUUAUUCGUGUCAAAACAUGGUUUCCAAUCAACACAUCAUCAUCGUCUUCAAUUUCAAAAUCUGAAUCAAUCUCGUCCAGAAGUUCGAAUAAUUCAUCAGGAUUAUUCGCCAAUCUAUUAAGAUCGACUUUUUCAGUUUGUUCUGUGAAAAAAAUUAAGAAAUUUGAAUUGGUAAAGGCUAACACCACGGCAGACUCCUAUUAUUUUUUUUAAUGGUUCACUCCUGACCCUCACAAUUGUGUUACUCUUUCAAAACUCUACUGUAGUAUGUGAAGUAAUUAUUCAAAUUUUAUUAUUAAGCUUUAAAAUAAAACUAUAGGGCAUCCUCAACAAUUUUGCAUUGUUUUAAAUACAAAAAAAAUUUUUUUUCAAUAUGUGCCUACUUCUUGAUGCCAUUUCCAACAGGGAUGCGAACACACACAACUUCACAGUGUCUGGAAUAAACAUAAACACCGACUUCCUAGUAAAAUGCAUACGCAACACUGUUGACAGAAACACUCACAAUAAUGUGAUGCAGGAUCAAACCCGUUAUAACUUUAUUUUCGCUCUUAUAUCCAGUGAAAAUAAGACACUCAAAAUUGUGAGUGUAAGGGUUAAAAUGAACUGAUUACUUAUAUAAAAAAUCUUGAAAUUGUAUCAUAAUCUUUGCCUAUUUUUAUUGCAUAUUGUCUGCAAUAUACAAAUGUACAUAAUUUUAAAGUUAAUUGUUAAAAAAUUACAGAAAAAUAAUAGAGACAAUAAAUAAAACAUCUAAACCAGUG